CCGAAUUUCCGAAAAUGAAAGUAGGAUUUUAGUGGGCGGAGCUGACAAUUACAGUACAUUAUGUAGUCAGGAUAACAGAUAAGUAUGCACAAAAAAGUACAUGUGGAUGAUGCUGUCAUGGUUACCAGAUGGAAUGUGGACUUGGGUCCUAACAUCUCUGGUGGGACUUGUUGGAUACAUUGUCUAUACACUAGUAUCUAGCUCUGGCAGUGACUUUGAGGACAACAGUAUAGAUGCAUUCAUCAUACAGGAAGGUUCAGCAAGUGAGACACAAAAUACAGUGGAUAAACACAAAGAUGGCCGUUACAUGAAGCCGUAUGACACAGAAGGAAAACAAGUAUUGAUUUUGUAUGGAACAGAGUAUGGCUUCAGUGAGGAGGUAGCUGGUAAAUUGUUUGAUAGGAUUAUUUCCAUGUCCAAUCCAGAUGAUGAUGGUCCACUUCAGCCUCGACUCGUUAACGUGAAACAUCACGAAUACGUAGACUUAAGCAAGGAACAGAUAAUAUUUGUUGUCAUCUCAACAAGUGGAGAUGGUGUCCCUCCCACUGAUGCGCGUGGUUUCUAUGACAACCUUAUGUCAAGCGAGGAGGAUUUAUCUCACUGUAGAUACUCUGUUCUGGCUCUUGGAGACUCGAACUAUCCCCAUUUCUGUAAGGUGGGACGUGACAUUAACAGGAGGCUGUCCAAACGCUCUGCUGACCCAGUUGUAGAGUCCAGGGAUGUAGACAUGGAAGACUGGUCCGUCAUCACUUGUUGGAUGAACGAUGUUAUAGAAUACCUCAGGACGUGCAAUCUUCGUGUGUGUAUGGACUAUUUACAAAUAAUGACUGACGGUUCCAGUGAAGAACAUGACAGACAUCAACCAUUUAUGGCUACAUUGAAGGUGAAAAACCUGUUGACUGAUGCCCCAAAAUGUGCUGACGACAAAGAGGUUAUCCACUGCGAGUUUGAUAUCACAGGUAGCAACAUGGCCUGGACUUCAGGUGAUGCUUUGGGAAUAUAUCCUGAAAACAAUGUUGGUCAUGUGGCAGCCAUUUUGGAUUUGUUGACCUGGGUAGACAAAGAGAUGCUGACAGUGCCACACUGGGCCUAUCAGCCUCAUUCUGAUACAGCAAACAUGAGGACACUGUUAAUCAAGUACUACGAUAUCAAAACCAUCAAACCGGAACUACUGCAGACUUUACAGACGGUGGUCACAAACACAACACAAAGGGAAAUGUUGUCAAGGUUACUUCAUUCUGGGACAGGGAAGUCCAACCUAGCCUUACAGGAGUACAUGUCAGUGAGGGAAGUGAGAGAUGUCCUCCAGGAAUAUAGGUCAAUAAGGUUGUCUCCACAACAACUGCUGCCUUGCCUGAAACCACUUCAACCUCGGUAUUACUCCAUAUCAUCGUCUCCUCUCAAGGAUGCUACCACUGUAUGUUUAUCCAUGGCUGUGUUACGCUACGAAACCCUGUCAGUAGGUCGGGAAGGCGUGACCACCACAUACCUACAAGAUCGUAUCCAUGUUGGUCAAGAGUGUCCAGUGUUUAUGAGUCAUAACCCAGACUUCCGUCUCCCUGACAACCAUGCCAUUCCCGUUAUUCUCAUUGGCCCGGGUACAGGGAUAGCUCCUUUCAGGGCAUUUAUACAAGAAAGAGAACAACAUUGUGACAGAGGAGAGGUUCAUCUAUACUAUGGUUGCAGACAUCGGUUUGGAGAUUUCUUGUACAAAGAAGAAUUAGAGAAAUACAGCAGAAAUGGAGUGAUCUGCCUACGAGUGGCUUUCUCCCGAGACCAGGCCAAGAAAAUAUAUGUCCAGCAUCUUCUUAGGGAUGAUAGUACCCUGAUCUGGGACCUUGUUACCAAGAGAAAUGGUCAUGUGUAUGUUUGUGGAGACGCCAGACGUAUGGCAAAAGAUGUUCAUGAAGCCUUGACCGAUAUCAUACAGUCCUGUGGUCAGCUGGAGAGAAACAAGGCUACAGAUUACCUCAGGAAGAUAGAGAGAGAAGGACGCUAUCAGAAAGAUGUGUGGGUCACUUAGACAAGGGCAGGGUGUCAACGGCAAAACGGAGAUGGUGGGCCUGAUCAGAAAGGUGUUUGGUCACUACGUCAACUGAAGAGUGGCUACAAACAGGGAUGGAGAGCCUGAUCAGAAAGGUGUUUGGUCACUACAUCAACUGAAGAGUGGUUACAGACAAACAGAGAUGGAGGGCCUGAUCAGAAAGAUGUUUGGUCACUACGUCAACUGAAGAGUGGUUACAGACAAACAGAGAUACUGGGCUUGAUCAGAAAGGUGUUUGGUCACUCAGUCAACUGAAGAGUGACUACAGACAGAGAUGGAGGGCCUGAUCAGAAAGGUGUACGGUCACUUCGAAAUCUGAAGAGUGUUGAGAGACACACAGAGAUGGAGGGCCUGAUCAGAAAGAUGUGUGGUCUGUGUUAAGUCUGAAGAACACUGCAAUGGAAAUAAUAAGUGUUGUGUACAUUUUAAUUGUUCAGGCCAUAGGCAUCACUGAGGCAUCCUACAUGGACAAAACAGUUGUAUGAUGUAGUUAAAUUCAUUAUUUGGCUCUGCAGUAUCUAAUUCUAAAGGAGUAGGUUCAUGAGAGGUGGUAAUCGGUCAUUUCAGCGCUGCAAUAGUUUCGUCCUUAGUUGAUCGGACCUAAGUAGUUCUGACCCCAGCCCGAUCUGGCCAUUUUCGUUCCAGCCCCCUAUUUUUCCCAAUAAAAUUUGUUUACACAA